CCUCGAGGUGUGGGCCGGUUUAGAGUGAAUGACGCCAGGCUUCCCAAGCCAACAUUUAUUCUUUAAAGAAAACCCAAGCGAGACAAUUUCAGUGUUUCAAGUCCUUUUGGCUUGACAUCCCAUCAAGUUCCUUUCCGGGACAUUCGGCACGUAUGGGUUUCUGUUGGUGUAGGCAUCAAGCAUGAAGUGGAAUGUGUUGAAGAAGAAGCCGGCGGCCAUGGUGGGCCCCGAGCCAACCGGUGCCAGUGCGCUGACAAUGGCCCCUGCUGUUUCUACACCUGCAGACAACUCCACCGAGCACCAGGGUCCAGUCAGUAAGAAUGACGUCUUUGGUGACAUCAAAAACAAGUUCCUCAAUGAGAUGGACAAGCUUCCACUUCCUCCCUGGGCCAUCAUUGCCAUUGCUAUCGUUGCUGUGGUCCUCAUUCUUACAUGCUGUUUCUGCAUCGUUAAAAAGACCUGCCUAAAGAAGAAAAAAGGCAAGAAGGGAAAGAAAGGCAAAGGUGACAUGGGAAUGAAGAACAUGAAGGGAGGAGAGAAACAGGAAGAGGAUGAUGAUGAAGAAGAUAUAGAUAUGGGAAUUACUGAAGAGAAGGAGGAGGAACCUAAAGAGAAAGAGAAGCUGGGCAAACUGCAGUUCUCCCUGGACUAUGAUUUCUCUGCAAGUCAGCUGACGGUGGGCAUCCUGCAAGCUGCAGAUCUUCUGUCCAUGGAUAGUGGUGGCACCUCAGACCCAUACGUCAAAGUUUUCAUCCUCCCAGACAAGAAGAAGAAGUAUGACACCAAGGUGCACAAGAAAACCCUCAACCCUGUCUUCAAUGAGACUUUCCACUUUAAGAUUCCCUUCACUGAAAUGGGAGGAAAGACUCUGGUCAUGUCUGUGUAUGACUUUGACCGUUUCUCUAAACAUGACGUGAUCGGUGAGGUAAAGAUUCCAAUGAACACCCUUGACCUGGCACAACCCAUUGAGCAGUGGAGAGACCUGGACAGUGCAGAGAAAGAAGAGCCUGAAAAGCUUGGAGAUAUCUGCAUCUCUCUGCGCUACGUACCUACAGCUGGAAAACUCACCAUCUGUAUCCUGGAGGCGAAGAACCUAAAAAAGAUGGAUGUGGGGGGACUUUCAGAUCCCUAUGUGAAGAUUCAUCUUCUGCAAAAUGGGAAACGACUGAAGAAGAAGAAGACUACUGUGAAGAAGAACACCCUGAACCCUUACUACAACGAGUCCUUCAGCUUUGAGAUCCCACAAGACCAGAUGCAGAAAAUACAAGCUGUGAUCACAGUGCUUGAUUACGAUAAGAUCGGCAAGAACGACGCCAUUGGGAAGAUCUGGGUGGGCAGUAAAGCGCAGGGCACCGAGCUCCGGCACUGGUCCGACAUGCUGGCCAAUCCACGCAGGCCCAUCGCUCAGUGGCAUCCACUCAAACCUGAAGAAGAGGUGGACGCCACGUUAGCAGCGCUCACUGCCAAGAAAUAAACCCGCUCCUCCUCCUUCCCUCCCUCUCUCCCUCUCCUUUAUUCACUUUUCAACAUGCACAACACGCCAUCAAAUCCCCCAAUCAGCACUAAAAUACAGCCAUGGGCCACCAGACUGAAGGUGUUAAAGAAGACGAUUCGGUCUCAUCAGCGGCUAAAAUGAGAUAAGGGUAUACCGAGAGACUGUUUGCACAGAUGUUCUUGAAGGAGGGCCGGGCUCAUAGGUGCGGUUAUUAAACAUAUAAGCUCCCAUUCACACCCUUAAACAUCCAACAGCAUUCCAAAGUUUUCCAUCGGGGACCAGGGAUAGAAAACACUGCCUCUUCCACUGCCUAAUUUAACACAUUCCUUCUAGAUUAUCUCUGGUCAUCUAGAUGAAAUCAGUUCUGUUCUGUUUGCCGUGUCUAAAAAGACAGUAAAGAGUGGUUCGUCAUUAUGAAUAAUUGAAAAAAAAAUGAAAAUACAAAAAUGGGGACUGGAGAGAUAUCUGGACUAGACACUCCUGAUCCAGCCAGAAGGAAUCUUUCAGGUGUCGAUUACACUGCCUGCGAAAACAACCUCUUCUUCCAUUCUUCAGUUUCCAGCUGCCGGCUGGCUUCUUCCACUGCCCAACAUCCUAACAAACCCCUGACAAAAAAGGAGACAAGCCUUGAAACAUCCUGAAAUAAGCAAUUCUUAGCUGCCAGGGACGUCUUCCUGUUAGCAUCAGUGUAUUUGUUUCUUUUGCUUUGAUUUGUUUCUUUUUCUUUUCUUUUUUUCGUGGUAAAUGUAUUCUGCCUGAGCACUUUAAAUGAAGGUGUUUUUGUUCCAGUCGAUGCUUCGUUUUGAACCUGCUUUUAUAUUUAUUAACUUUUGUUGUGUAUUUUUAAUGUUCAGUCUUUAAAGGAAUAGUUCACGUACACACAUACACAGAGACACACACACACAAAUGAAAAUGAAGUCAUCAUUUACUCACUUUUCUUUCUUUUAGCUGUGGAGCACAAAAAGAGAUGUUUUGGAGAAUGUUCACACUGUUGUUUUUCAUACAAUUUAAGUGAACAAAAAUCAAGGGAUGUUAAGCCUUAUAAAUGUUCAUUAUAUGGGCAGCACGGUGGCUCAGUGGUUAGCACUGUCAGCUUAUAGCAAGAAGGUCGCUGGUUUAAGCCCCGGCUGAGCCAGUUGUCAUUUCUGUUUUGAGUUUGCAUGUUCUCCCUGUGUUGGCAUGGUUUUCCUCCACAGUUCAAAGACAUGUCCUUUAGGUGAAUUGAAUGAACUACGUAAAUUGACCGUAGUGUGAGUGUGGGUGUGUGUGAAUGAGUGUAUGGGUGUUUUCCAGUACUGGGUUGCGACUGGAAGGGCAUCCGCUUUGUAAAACAUAUGUCGGAAUAAUUGGCAGUUCAUUCCGCUGUGGCAACUCCUAAUAAAUAAGGUACCAAGCCGAAGAAAAAUGAAUGAAUAAUCGUUAUAUAUUACAAUUCAUUUGUUCUGACACAGGGGUGUCCAAACUCGGUCCAGGAGGGCCGAUGUCCUGCAUAUUUUAGUUCCAACCCUAAUUAAACACACCUGAAUCAGCUAAUCAAGCUCUUUCUAGGUGUACUAGAAACUUCCAGACAGGUGUGUUAAAGGAAGUUGGAGUUAAACUGUGCAGGACACCAUCCCUCCAGGACCAAGUUUGGACACCCCUGAUCUGCCAGAAAAAAGUGUUUACACCACUGAAAACUAAAAAGAGAAAAUUUGGCCAUAUAUGUUUAUGACGCCAUGUUGUUGAUCUGAAAACAAGAUUUUAUGAAAAUAGUGAUGAAUUUCUCCUGGAUUGCCGUUUAUUUUCAGAAUUUUUAGUUGUUCUUGCAUAUAUGUGUGUGUUGCUGUUUCCUAAACCUUUAAAAAUGCUAUUUUUUUGUAGAUAAUAGUCUGAUUUCUAACAAUUCUAAAUUUUAACAAAGAUAUUUUUUUCUAAUGAUAGUCCCUCUCUUAUGUUUAGUUUGCUGUGAGGGAACAAUACGCAAAAAGAAAGCCCCACUCUUACUCAAUAUAUGGUUUCUUCCAGUUCAUGCAGACUUUAAUGCCAGGUAACAUUAACUAACAAUAUUAUUUUUAUGAACUUGCUGACACAGUGUAAACAUUCUUUAAAAUGUCUCCCUUUGUCUGCUUCUGCUGAAGAAAAAAGUCAUACGGGUUUCGAAAACACUAAGUGAACUAUUCCUUUGAGAAUAGUUUCCUACUUUCAUCGGUGUGUGUUUUCAUGUUUUAUUCAUGGUUUAAACCAGAGGUUCUUAUGAGGAGAGCUGAUAGAGGGCACUGUUACGUGUGUAUUUACUGCACAUCUUACCAAACCGCUGAACUUAUUUGCACUACUGGAACUGCAUUCUGUACAUGUUGCCCCAUCAAUCUCAAUAUGUGCUUUUGUGAUGGUGCAUUCUUGAUUCGAGUUGUCAGAGUUUGCAUUUGUUUAAAAAAAAGAGUGUAUCAUCCGAAAGUUGCUUUUUAGGGCUUACAGGAUGAGUCAUUGUGUGAGGAUGAGAAUAUCAGAAUAUCAUUUGCUUAAGACCGACACAGAACUAAAUCUUUGUGUGUUUUAUCCUCAUUUUGCCUGGGGAAGCUCCUUCGGCAAUGGUGAUAACUUGUGAUAUCGGUUCAGUUAUUGAGUAGUGGGCAAUUAAGCAAAUUCGCAAGCCUGAAUUGGAUCAAGAUCUUAAUUUCGGAGAAUAAUUUACUGAGUAUAUACUUUUAAUCAAAGGCCAAAAACUACAUGUAGAAACCCGAAAGUGUAUAUGAGGGAACUUUGUUGUGUACAUGCUGUAACCCAAGAAAAACAACUCACUCUCUUAAGAAAACAUCACUUUAGCAGCUUUUAUCUUUCGAUUCUGCCACAGUAAAAGUGUUUUAGACUAUUGCAAUAGUUUGUCCAGCUACCUUUAGAUUUCAGAAAUUCAAAUGAAUUUCUGUCCUCCACAAACAGAAGCAGGCUAUAUUGCAGAAUGUCCAGCUCGACCUCAUGAGGAAACCUAACAAUUUGACAAACUAGCUGAAAAGUGGCUAAUUUGUACAAAUUCAUAUGAUUUCAGUCAUACGACUAUGUACGAGACGUGUCCCCAAACCCCAACUCUAAACCCAACCACUAUUGGAGGAUGAGCAAAUCGUACUAGCAUGUACAGUGUCUUACCCCAGACAUGCUCAAUAAUGUAUAUUUUUGGUGACUGGGCUGGCCAAUCCUGGAGCAUUUUGACCUUCUUUGCUAUCAGGAACUUUGAUGUGGAGGCUGAAAUAUGAGAAGGAGCGCUAUCCUGCUGAAGAAUUUGCCCUGUCCUGGGGUUUGUAAUGUAAUGAGCAGCUCAAAUGUCUUGAUACCUCAGGCUGUUGAUGUUGUCAUCCACUCAGCUGAUCUCUUGCACAACCCCAUACUAAAUUUAACCACAAACCAUGAUUUUUACUUCACCAAACUUGGCCGAUUUCUGUGAGAAUCUUGGGUCCAUGCAGAUUCCAAUAGGUUUUCUGCAUUAUUUGUGAUGAUUGGGAUGCAGUGCAGCAGAUUAUUUAUCAAAUAAUCUAGAAGUCAAAGUAUUAAUUGUUGCUCUUACAACAAAAAGACAACACGUCUUUUGUCAGGCAGUGUACUGUAUAUUCCACAUUUUCAAAAAUCCCAUAAAAAACAAAGAGCAGAAACACAAUGACGUUCAAGUCAUGUCGUUCUAAAUCUGUAGACUGAAUUCAGCAAUUUUAGUCGUUCUUGUGAAUCCGUUUGAACAUGGAUGUAUUUGAACAGUUUCUCUAAAGUAAUUUUGUGUCAUUCCAACACAAUCUCAUGGCAAUUUGUAGCUGUUUUUGUGAUUUAGUGGCUAAUUUGUAUGAAUUUGUACAGUUUAGUACGAUUUGCUCAUUCACCAAUGACAGUUAGUUUUAGGGGUGGGGUUGGGUCCCACGCCUCUUUUUUAAAAUCGUACAUUUUCAUACGACUGAACUUGUACAAAUUAGCCACUAAGCUGACAAAACUUUAAACAGUUACGUUACCUCGUCAGAUCAGGCUGAUCAUUUUAACAUAAAAAAACGAACAGAAUAUAUUUAAAAGUAGCUCCAGUGAUGUUUUCUUUAUGGGACUCCUCUGGAUAAAACAGAAGCAGCUCUUCUGACAGGUGUUCAAUUGCAAUAACAUUGUUUGAUUGUGGAACAGCAGGUAUCUCCAUCCACAUUCACAAUGCAGUUUCUGCAGGUUUUAUGAAUGUGUGAUUAUGUUGCAUUUGUUUUGACGACAUUACGCUUUCAUUUUUUCCCGCUAGUAUCCAAACCUCAUUUAAGGAUCAAUGUCUUCGUUUGAUCACGUAUCGUAAUUGUUUUCAGGUUUAAUCUGUAACACAAAUAUUUCAAAGGACUUUCACGGGAAAAAAAUAAAUAAAAAAAUUGCUACUUUCAACUAGCACCCCCUCCCCAAACCCGUAGGCGUGUAGUUUGACCUAUAUAUGCAUAGUUCCUACUUUAUGAUACUGCAUGCUACAAUACAAAAAGAUGCGCAUGUUUCAGAGAUGAAGCAAAGAAAAAUAUUGUGUACUUAAGUAGGUGUUCUUUGUCAUUUUAAUAACAAAACAGAGGAGGGUGAAAUGCUGUGUAUAUUUUCAAAUCAAAUCAAAUCAAAUCUGUAUUUAUUUUCUGUGAGUGAGUACUGGAGCGAAUAUGAAGUAUAAUAGACUCCUCUUCAUUUUCAGAUUCAAUCCAUGCCUGGACGUCAUGAGCAAAUACUGUAUGUUAAGUGCUUUGUGUGAACUAAUAUAGAAUGAAAACGUAGCCGCAUGCUUGCCGUCUACUAAUCUCGAUAAGGAACAAAAUGUUUAUGUGUUAAUUGAUUGAUUUAUUCAGAAAUUAUUUAUUUAUUUAUUUUUCAGAGUAAUGUUUGUAUGUCUCUUUGUCUGAAUACGUUAAUGGGAAGUCAAAACUUCCGACGGGGGCUCCAAGAGAAUAUUUUUCCCCCCAUCCUGUAGGAUCCAGUAAUCAGCAGAGUAUCUCUGUCAGAACUACAAUGUAAAGUUUUGGAUCAUACAGAAUCAUCUAGAAAAGAACAGAAGAAUAAAACAAAUACUUUAUUAUCAUUUUUUCACUGUCAGUGCCAAUGAGAGAAGUCACGUUUACUGCCAUUUUAUCUGACUUUAUGUCAUUCUUACGUGAUUUUUUCGGACCAACUGAUUUCUACCUUGGCAACUAAGUUGCCGGAGCACAAUAUUAUCAAUCAUGUCACUGAAUCCUUGGAGUCCCCAUUGUUUUCUAAAAAGCUUUUAUUUAUGACUCUUUUACAUAAUAACAGCGUUUAACUAGCCAAUAAACAGUAAGUUUGUGUGUAUGUGUGUGAGUGUAAAUAAGAUAAAGCCAUAAUACUUGAGCUAAACUCUUUAGAGCUGAGAUAUAUAUAUAAAGAUGAUCCUAAAACAUCUUUUUUCGUAAGCCGCUGUGUUUCCCCAACAUUCCACACUGUCUGUGAAGCUACGGGGCCACACUGUUUCCUCCAAUAUGAUAAGUUGAGCAUUAUUGGCGGUUUAACUUAGUCUAAUAAUGUAUUUUCAAUUGUUUUUAUUAUAUUUAUUUCAGUCUGUAUUUAGUUCUGUAGAUUUGAUUUUACUGGGGGCGUAUGUAUGAACCGUGAUGUGGCCAUACUUGUUGCUAUUCCACAUGUAUGUACACACAUGCAUUUUUGGGCAAAGGGCAGUUUGAAAUGGUUGACUAAUCAUGUAAAUGCAGUAACUGAAAGUAAAACAUUUUCUUGAUAUAUAGAUGCCACAUUUGUCUGCUACAGAUAUGUUAAUGUAUCUGCCACCUUGAAACAACAACUAUAUAUAUAUAUAUAUAUAUAUAUAUAUAUAUAUAUUUAUUUAUUUUUUUUUUAUUUAUUUUUUUUUUUAUAGGGUGCGUGCACUUGUAGUUCAGUUUUUUUUGGUUUGUUUUGUCUGGAUAAAACUAGAAAAUGAUACAUUAAGGUUGUGUUCACAUUGGUAGUUCAGUUCUCUUGGUCCGUUUGGUCUAGACCAAAAUAGAAAUGAUACAUUUUGUUCUAGUUCAGUUCUUUAGGUUUAGAUGCUCUUUAGAUGCUUUUACACUUGUAGUUCUGUUCUCUUGGUUCAUUUGGUUUAGUAAGAAAAUUGAAAAUGCUAUGUUUAUAAUGUGUUCACACUUAUAGUUCAGUUCACUUGAUUUGUUUGGUUAAAAAAACAGUGUACACACUGUCAUUUUAAAUCUGAACCAAAAUACUUAAAACUUCAAUGGAGCAUAUUGCUUUUUUGUUCUGAUAAACUAGAGUACUUGAGAAUUCUGUCUGUGUUAUGGACACUUUUUGUGACAUUGUGUCCUAUUUUUGGUUAGCUUAGAUGUCUUUGGCAGUGUUGUGUUCGAACCCCACUAGAGUUUAUUUUAAAGCAGACCGAGACCUAUCAUUUCUCAAUACUAUGUGGAUAUUCAUGUCUGAAUUUAACUGAUUGCAGACAUACUCAACUUGUGCUCACAUUAGGGCUGAACAAUAUAUCGUUUGAGCGCUGAUAUCACAAUUUGUGAAUCUGCAAUAGUCACAUCGCAGGAUUAGAUUAAUCUAUAAAGAAAUCAUUUAUCAAAAUAUUUAUACAAUGAUGGCCAUGUUAUUUUAUAUUUGAUUGUUACAUUUCUGUACUUGAAUACAGAAAGUACAGAAGUUAGUAGUUAGACCUCUCAGAAAACCAUGACGUACUGUUUGUUUAACUUUUAUUUUUGCUCUGUUGUAUUUAUAUAUGCUAGUAAUUUAUUAUAAUUUAUGAAGACGCAUAUAUAAAUCGCAGCAAAACAAAAUAUUACAAUGUCAUAUUUUUCCAAUAUCAUGCAGCCCUAGCUUACGUUUAUGGAGUAGGUUUCAAUAUGACGGAUACUUCAACGCAAUCUCACGUGCAAUUCGUAACUUUUUGAUUUAGUUGAUAUGAAUUCGUACAAUCUAAUUCGUACAAUUUAGUGUGAUUUGCUCAUCCUCAAUGACAGUUGGGUUUAGGGGCGGGAUUUGGUGGCACGCCUCCUUUUUAGAAUCGUACAUUUUUGUAUGACUGAACUUGUACGAAGUUGUACGAAUUAGCCAUUAAACGGAUUAAAUGUAAAAUAGGCUGGCUACUUACAUGUAGCGAACACAAAUGAGGCAUCUAUGUGUAUAAGCAUUUUUUAUUUAAUUUUAUAAUCAUUUACAAUCCAAAAUUCGAUGUGGGAUUAUCUUAAAAGUAUGUGAUGACACUUGGACAUAAUAAUGCAGAAAUUCAGCCUGUCUUAGUAACUUUAAUCAGUGUUGCUUGAGAUUUGAAGUGUGGAUGUUUGUCUCUUUAACAAUAAUGCAUAGGCCCUUUAAUAAAAGAAUCAUUUGUAUUGUGAGUUACUUAAGCACUGCCAUCUGCUAUAUGACAGCGCGCACAAUGAACAUUUCUUUGAAACAUUCCUGAUUGUAAACCAUAAAUAGUUUCUUGCAAAAGCUCACAAGAGAUUUGGGAGCAGCUGAUGGAUGGAUUCUGUCCUUAUCCUGCUUUCUAUGUAUAAAUCCGACGCCAUCUCACAGCAAUCCGUAAAGGUUUUAAAUUCAGGGUGAUGUAUUCGCUAAUUUGUAUGAUCACAUUUGAUUGUUUAUGUACGAUUUGUUGAUGCCCCAAUGACAGAUGUGUUAUGGGCGGAGUCAGGGGCAGAGUCUUCAUGCUCGUUCAUUUACAUAUUAUAUUUUGAUGUGAUUUUACGAAUUAAGAGGAAUUAACGCAAUUAAUUCAAUAAAUGCAAAACUUUUGCAUUUUCCUGUGAGAUCGGCUUGAUAAAUAAGCUUUCAAAACCAUCUUGGUUGUCUUUUGUAAUGCUCUGUGACUGUUUUAUAUAUCAGAGACUGCUCUAAUGCCCAAAACAGAGACGUUUUUCACCUUUAUUUAUUUCUCUGAUUGAUAGUUGAUGCCUUCAUGUCUCCUUUGGCGUGAUCACAUAAGCAAAGUUCUGGGGGAAAAGAAUCAAUAGCCUGUCAUCGUGUCUCAUUUAUUUAAUUCUUCUCUUGCACUUUUCAUUCUGCUUAUCGGGAGUUGUAAAAUGCUCUUUUUCUAAUCGUGGUGGUCUGUUAUUUAUUUAUUUAUUUUUUAGUCGGUGGGAGACUGCGAGGGUUUGGCCCUCAGGCUGUGUUUGUACAUGUUUCGGUGUUCUCGUGUGUGCGCGUGUGUUCAUGUCCGUAUUGUCGUGCCUAGUGUGGAUCAAUCGCAUGCUUUAGCCCUUGAUGGGACACCUUGAGAAAACAUUGCUCACAGACUCUUCCCACAAUCCCUCUAGUGGACAGUACAUGAGCAAUCAGCAAUCCUUGUAAAGACAUCAAGGGUACCAAAUAGCUCUACAGAUUUACCAUGCGUGUUACCAGCUCUGUACUGAAACAAACUGAAACAAGAAAAUAAAGGCCUUUUAAUUACACUUCA